UCCUUAAACCCUCCAUAAAAAAAAAAAAAAAUCCUUAAACCCUAAAACCCUAUCAACAACAAUGGAUCGGAAUUGAAAGAAGCCUUGGCACAUGGUGUUGCUGCUGUGGCAUCCCUCUUCAUCAUUUCCAUGGCCAUUGCUACCUUGAAAUUCGCCUCCAGAUCCAACCUUUACAUUCUUCGCCCCACUCCCUUCCAGUGCAUCCGUAAGGUUGUCCCAAAAUCCCUAGCUCUCGUUGACGCAGAGGCAUGUAGCACCCCAUCCCCAGUUCCUCAGCCAGGGGAUAAGAAGAUCCCAGCAUGGAAGAAAUUGAGUUCCAAGGAGCUUGGACUUCGGCGUUCGAUGAUAGCAGGCCCUACCAUGAAGGUUUUGAACAUGCUUAAGGACAAGGAGUAUGAUGUAUAUCUUGUUGGAGGUUGUGUCCGGGAUCUUAUACUAAAGCAAAUACCUAAGGACUUUGAUAUUAUUACUUCAGCUGAUCUUAAAGAGGUGUUGAGAACAUUUCCACGGUGUGAGAUAGUUGGUAAAAAGUUUCCCAUAUGUCAUGUUCAUAUGGGUGGUACCAUUGUCGAGGUUUCGAGUUUCAAUACUGCUACAAGGAAGUCAAAUCACUUUCAUCAUGACAUCGAGGCACCUAGUGGCUGUGAUAAGGAGGACUAUCUUCGUUGGAGGAAUUGUUUGAAACGUGACUUUACAAUUAAUGGGUAGUGUAUCUAUCCGUAUGCAAGAAUUGUAUAUGAUUACAUGGGAGGAAUGGAAGAUAUUGAAAAGGCUAAAGUGCGAACUGUUGUUCCUGCAGCUUCUUCAUUUCAGGAGGAUUGUGCUCGUAUUUUACGUGCAAUUAGAAUUGCGGCUCGCUUAGGAUUCAGUAUUUCAAGUGAAACAGCUCAUUCUGUUAAAAAUCUUUCUUCAUCAGUAUUACGGCUUGAUAAGGGUAGGCUCCUGAUGGAAAUGAAUUAUAUGCUUGCUUAUGGAUCCGGUGAAGCUUCUUUGAGAUUAUUAUGGAAGUUUGGCCUUUUAGAUAUACUACUCCCCUUUCAGGCUGCUUACUUCGUUCGUCAUGGAUUUCGGAGACGGGACAAAAGAACUAAUAUGCUUUUGUCAUUAUUCUAUAAUUUGGAUAAGCUAUUGGCACCCAACCGUCCAUGUCACAGUAGCUUAUGGAUUGGCAUCCUAGCAUUUCAUAAAACAUUGAGUGAUCAACCAAGGGAAGCCUCGGUGGUUGCUGCAUUUAGCCUUGCAGUUCAUAAUGGUGGAAAUUUAUUGGAAGCAGUAGACAUAGCUAGGAGGAUCAACAAACAACACAAUGCCAGGUUUCCUGAGUUAUUAGAUCCUUCAGGUCUAGAUGCAGAGGAUUUGGAAGAAGAGAUUCUGGAUCUUGCUGACUCUGUUAAAGGGACACUCUCACAGAUGACAACUAGGUAUUUGGUAUCUCAGGCUAUGGCCGAUUAUCCUCAAGCCCCCCAUUCAGAUUUGGUGUUCAUCCCAUUAGGAAUGUACCUAAAGGCUCUCAGCAUUUUUGACUGCGUCAAAGUAAAUUCUGGUAAGAAAUUUUUGUCAAAGCAAGGCAGGAAAAUUGAUUAUGGAUCUUUAGUUCAAGGUGAGCUGGAAGAAAUACGGCAUGUGUUUGCGAGGAUUGUAUUUGAUACCAUAUAUCCGCUGCGCCUAGAUAAAGAGAAUUCGUAAAAGAUCAACUGGAUUUCACAGGAAGAGGGUAGUUUGAAGUGAAAAUAGAAAUUUGAGGAAAUUGAUUCUGGUGUAGACAUCAAAUAGUCCGGCUCCCAAACUGCAGCAAAAGUGGUACUAGCUAGCCGUCAUCAACUUCUUUUGCGAUGAAGCAGUGAUAAUUUUUGUUCUUUAUUUGGGGAUAUGGGGUUGCCCCGAUAUUUAGUGUAUGUACCUACCUCAUAGGUUAUGUAGGCAGCGGAUGAAUGGGGGAAAGUUUUUUCACCGAGCAAGUGUUUUUUGUUUUGUUAUAGAAUAAUUCUUUCAUUCGAUCAAUAUCAAGUUUACAGUUUGCUGAA